AUGUACACGAAUAAGGAGAGUAUUCAGAACACUAUUCACUUACCAGAGUGUCUUUUUCAAAUAGAGUCUAAACCUGCAAGAAAGAUUUUUCUCCUUGGAAAAACAGGAGAUGGAAAAAGCAGCAGUGGAAAUACUUUUCUCAAUAAAGAAAGAUUCACAACUGAAUCUUCACCUGAAUCUGUAACAGCUGGAUGUCAAACAGGAGUUGAGAUGGUUCGUGGAAGAUUAGUCACAGUUAUUGACACACCUGGAUUCUUUGACACACGUCUUGAUGAGGAAUUCAUAAAAUCUCAGAUCAUUAAAUCCAUUAUUGAAUGUGCUCCAGCUGUUGAUGCCCUAGUCAUCGUUCUAAAAGUUGAAAGGUACACAAGACAAGAAAUGGAGAUUCUGGAUAAAAUUGUUGAGUGCUGUGGAGAGGAUGCCUUUAAACAUGCAGUGAUUUUAUUCACUCAUGGUGAAGAACUAGAUGGUCAAACUAUUGAAAAAUAUGUGAAGAAGAGUCCAAAACUACAGGAGCUUGUUGAUAAAUGUGGAGGUCGCUGUCAUGUCAUUGACAAUAAACACUGGAAUGACUGUCACUUAGGGUACAAGAGCAACAAGGUCCACAUGAAAAAACUGAUGGACACCAUCGACAUGAUGGUGAAAAAGAAUGGCUGCUACACCAAUGAGCUGAUGCCACAUGUAGAGGAAGACAUUCAAGAGGAGAUGCAUAGUAUGGACACAAUUAAUUUGUGUCCAGAAGAGAAGCGAGAGGCAGCGAAGAAGAUUAUUUAUAAAAAAUAUCUCAUUAGGUUUGCAGGAGUGACUACAGGGACACUGAUUGGUGCUUUUAUGGGAAUCGGUGUUGCAGUGGGAUCUGUCGUGGCUUUACUCAGAGCGGCUAAAUUGACGAAAGCAUUCAAAGCAAUGGCCACAACUGCAACUGUUGUAAGCACAUUAGCAGAUAAAGCAGCAAUGGCAGCAACAGCAACAGGAACAACAGCAGGAGCAUCUGCAGUAGUAGCAGCAGGAGCAGCAGGAGUGGGAACAGUAGCGGUGGAGGCAGGGAUAGUAACAGGAGCUGCAGCAGGAGCAGGAGCAGUGGAGGCAGGAGUUGCAGCAGGAGCAGGCAUCGGAGCAGCAGCUGGUAUAGGAAUCGCUGCAGGUGUCAUAUUAGGAGCUGCAGCUGUUGCAGGAGCGAUUGGAGGAGGAAUCACUGGAUACAAAUCAGCAGAAGAAGCUGAUUCUGUGCUUGAUGCCAUUAAGAUAUCAGCUAAAGUUAACUAUAAGAAUGCAAAAGAGGUUGUUAGAAAGGCGGAAGAACUCCCUUCUAAUGUUUAUAAGAAGAUUCAGUAGAAUUUCUUAUGAAUGAAAUGCAACAAAUUGUUGUUGUAAAUUCAAUAUUUUCAUUUGUAACCCUUGACCACAAAACCAGUCAUAAGUUGUUGUUUUUU